AUGUGCACCGGACAGGAAAAGUGGGAGGAGGAGGGGGAGGAGGAGAGGAGGCGGCCGUAAGUUGAGAGAGGAGGGAAACAGUCACCAGCCUGACUCUGAGAGCUACGCCGGAGAGAAACCUGGGCAGGACGCGACCCAGCGGAGUGCAGAGCUGGGAGAGGACCUGGGGAGGGCCAGCGAGGUGAGAACCGUCCGAACCGCUGGUUUCUCUCCAGCGAGAAAACUUUCCCUGGAACGCCGGAAACUUUUUUUCCUGAGCGCGCAAGAGUCUGGGACGGAGGCGAGCAGCGGGCGUGCGCGGCUCGGCUCGGGUGACUCACGCCGGGGACCCCAAGGGGGACUUCUGUCUGCGGAGAGGAUUACAACGGUUGGUCCAAGAGCAAUGGGAGAGAGCUAGCUGUCCCUGAGGCCCAGGAGCUCUGCUGAGCAUGUCAGCUGAUCUCAUUUCAUCCUUCCCCUGGUCCUGUGAGGUGUUGGCUGAGUAGUUUUUAACAUACCCCAGCAGCAGCGUUGGGAGAAGCCUUUCCUGUGAGUGGCCAGAAGCGUCUGGUCCUCAAGACACAGCUCAAUCAUCACCUGGACUUAUGACCCGCGGCCUUGCUCCCCUCCUGCCCACUGAGUUCCACAAGAUGGGCUCCUUCCGGCGGCCUAGACCACGAUUUAUGAGCUCCCCAGUGCUCAGCGAGCUGCCCCGCUUUCAGGCUGCCCGGCAGGCUCUGCAGCUAAGUUCUAACUCUGCCUGGAACAGUGUGCAGACAGCUGUGAUCAACGUUUUCAAAGGGGGUGGCUUGCAGAACAAUGAGCUGUAUGCACUGAAUGAAAGCAUCAGGCGGCUGUUGAAGAGUGAACUUGGAUCAUUCAUUACUGACUAUUUCCAGAACCAACUUCUUGCAAAAGGACUGUCCUUUGUGGAGGAGAAGAUCAAGCAGAGUGAAGGUGACAAUCGCAUUGAGGUUCUGGCUGAAGUCUGGGACCACUUCUUCACCGAGACUCUCCCUACCCUGCAGGCAAUAUUUUAUCCGGUUCAGGGACAGGAGCUGACCAUCCGCCAGAUCUCCCUGCUGGGCUUCCGGGACCUGGUCUUACUAAAGGUGAAGCUGGGUGACUUGCUGCUGUUGGCACAGUCCAAGUUGCCUUCUUCUGUUAUACAAAUGCUGCUCAUUCUGCAGAGUGUUCACGAGCCCACGGGCCCAAGUGAGGGCUAUUUGCAGCUGGAGGAGCUGGUGAAGCAGGUGGUGUCUCCCUUCCUCGGCAUCAGCGGGGACCGCAGCUGCUCAGGCCCCAUAUACUCACUGGCCAGGAGGCAUUCCAGGGUCCGGCCCAAGGUGACUGUCCUGAACUAUGCCUCUCUGAUGACCACGGUUGGCCGGCCACUGAAUGAGAUGGUCUUGACCCCUCUAACAGAACAGGAAGGGGAGGCGUACCUGGAAAAGUGUGGCAGCGUCCGGCGGCACACAGUGGCCAAUGCCCACUCGGACAUCCAGCUGCUGGCCAUGGCCACCAUGAUGCACUCAGGGUUGGGGGAAGAGGCUGGCGGUGAGGACCAACACCUGCUCCUGCCACCCAGCUUUCCACCACCACACCGCCAGUGUUCCAGUGAGCCCAGCAUCCUCGACAGCCCUGAUGAGCUAGAACUAGAAGAUGUAGCGGGUGGCAGCCAGGAGGACUCAGAGCUGAACUGUGCCUCCCUUAGCUGAGCCGCCACUUCCAGGGACCCAUUCCUACUCUACCGCCAGGAUGAGGACACCCCUCCUCCAUGGAUCACCAAGGGGCUCUUGCAUUGGGCAACAUUGCCUAUUUCCUUUAGGGCACAAACCAAGUCUUCAUGCGCUUGGGAAACACUUGUUGACCUCCCCACUUUGGUGUCUGUGACCAGCUCCUCAUGCCACUGGUUCUCCUGACUUCCAGCCUUGCCUGAUUCACCUGAAUCCUCAUUUCUGGGCCUUCCCCAUCCUAUUGGACUGGCUGAUGCUCCUAGUAUAUAAUGCCCUGGCAUGAUUAUAGCAGAAGGUUGGACUACUACACAGGAGCAUCUGAAAUGUGCCAGCUUCUGCAGUUCCCGUUAUGAUCUUAUGAGGCAGAAGCCAAUGGGUGGAAAGAACAUUAGUGGUUCUGUAUAGCAUAGAUGUCAACUGCAGCCCCUAUCACACAUGUCCUGGGAAUGUGCCCUCAUCAUUUUAAUUGCACAGUUACUGGGAAAUCGUUGUCCUACUUGUGAGCAAGGGUUCAUUCUAAUGUACGUUCAGAUGUGAUGUGCCGUCUACAUCCUGGGCUUUGGCCUGGGAGAACCUACCAGGCUGGCACAGCCCUGUCUUGCAUUGAGCCUCUCAGCAUGUCCGUCUCAGACUUCCUCCCAGACUCUGGGAUUGAACCUUCUCAGUCACUGGUGCCUUACUGUCGCUCCAGUUUCAGGAACCGACCACAUUUUUCUGUUGUGUAUAUGAGAGGCUGGCUGACAGCGGCUGACCUAGACUGUACCUGGAUUUCACUUGAAUUUGUAAAAUGUGUAUUGCU